CCACAGACCCUGCUGGCCUGGUGCAGGGCAGUCCCAGGGAGCUGCUGCCUACAGCCAUUGCCUGCGGGGACAGGGUGCACUUCAGCAUCUGGCUUUGCUGCCACAGAGUCUCCUGGCCUCUUGCCUUGUCACCAAGAAGUGACCUUUUCAAAGCCCCUGAGAUGCUGCUGGCCAUGGAGACACAGGGGAGGAGGUUUCUGGGACCGGUUUCCCAUCUGAGUGGUCAUGCAUCAUCCUGGAGCCCCGAGGGCUGUCCCUUCUCGCCUGCAUCACCCAUCCUGGCAGGACACCCGCAGCACUGCAGGGUGUGGAGACCAGGUUGUAGAUGCAGGGAGGUGAUGCUCUGCACGAGCUGAGAGAGCCUGAUCCUUCCUUAGGGUGAGGUGUCAGCCCAGCAUCCCAAACCCAAGUAGGAAAACCCGCUGACAGUGGGUAUUUCAUCCCGGCAGGAGGAUUCACCUCCCUGGGGGCAUCCUGUGGCUGUGCUGUCCCCUUCCCGCUGCCGAUGGUUGCGCUCUGGUCUCCCCCAUGGUGGCUCCGCAGCUCUGAGCUCACACGCGAGGAUGGGCUAAAGUAGCGGAAAGCUGUUGGAUCCUACCACAGAGUUACUGACUUCUCAGCUACAGACUGCAUAGCAAUCAGCGAGGGGGAGAGGCAGCCAGGGAAAGGGAGCGGAGCGCACAGGGAGGAAGAGUGGAAGGGAGAGGGGCGAUCUGGGGACCAGAGCAGGGGGGCAGCGAGGGGCACAAGCGAAUAACGCCAGGGAAGGAGGGAGUCAGGCAGGAGGGGGAGACCCGAACCCAUCACGGAGCCAGGAAGGCACAUCAGCGCUCCGUGGGAUGGAUGCUCCGGGGAGUGAAACAUUCUGAGGAGAGGCAGAGGCAGGAGGAGAGCGCUGGCGUGGGCAGGGCAGAGUUAGGAGAGGAGAAGGUCGCGGCAGAGAAGUAGCUCUCCGGGGGGGGGGUGGGGGGGUGGGGGGGGUGGGUUGGGGAGCGUGGAAAGCCCAAGCCAGAGGCAAGUGCAGGCUGCAGAGAGACCUCCCUGAUUCCUCCCGUCCGGCUGAGAUGCUUCAUGGUGAGAUGGAGAAACCGGCCGCUUUCCCCUUCCUCUGAUGUUGGCUCUGCACCACGGCUGGAGCCGGCGGCAGCCCUCGGCAGGACCCGGGCACGUGCCCAAGAGCAAUUGCAAUGGCAGCGCCAGUCCCAGCUCGCCAGAGGUGAAACCUGGAGCCACUGGGUCCCAUGUGAGUGCUGCUGCAUGAGAUCCUGCGCCCUCCCAGCUGCAGCCCCCUGACACUUGAUGAUACAGCGAGCCAUGGGCAGCGUCCGAGUCAACCGGUACAGCAUCGUCUCGACUGAAGAGGAUGGACACAAGGUCUCUGCGCUGGGCAGCAUGAACGGGCACAGCCGGAAUGGGAAGGGCCAUGCCCCCCGGCGGAAGCACCGCAACCGUUUUGUGAAGAAGAAUGGGCAGUGCAAUGUCUACUUUGCCAACCUGAGCAACAAGUCUCAGCGCUACAUGGCCGACAUCUUCACUACCUGUGUGGACACGCGCUGGCGCUACAUGCUUAUGAUCUUCUCUGCUGCCUUCCUGGUCUCCUGGCUCUUCUUUGGCUUCCUCUUCUGGUGCAUCGCUUUCUUCCAUGGUGACCUCAAUGCACCAGCAGUGGGAGGCAGUCCCUCUCUCCUCAAGCCCUGCAUCAUGCACGUGAACAGCUUCCUAGGGGCUUUUCUUUUCUCAGUGGAGACACAGACAACCAUUGGGUAUGGCUUCCGCUGCGUGACUGAGGAGUGCCCGCUGGCUAUCAUGGCAGUUGUGGUCCAGUCCAUCGUGGGCUGCGUUAUUGACUCCUUCAUGAUUGGCACUAUCAUGGCCAAGAUGGCAAGGCCCAAGAAGAGGGCCCAGACUCUCCUCUUCAGUCACCACGCAGUCAUCUCCGUGCGGGAUGGCAAACUGUGCCUCAUGUGGCGGGUGGGCAACCUGAGGAGGAGCCACAUUGUGGAGGCCCAUGUCCGAGCCCAGCUCAUCAAGCCCUACAUGACAGAGGAAGGGGAAUAUCUCCCACUGGACCAGCGGGACCUAAAUGUGGGCUACGAUGUGGGCCUUGAUCGUAUAUUUUUGGUCUCACCCAUUAUUAUCGUUCAUGAGAUUGACGAGGAGAGUCCACUUUACGGGAUUGGCAAGGAGGAGCUGGAGACGGAGAACUUUGAGAUUGUUGUUAUCCUUGAGGGGAUGGUGGAAGCCACAGCCAUGACCACACAAGCACGAAGCUCUUACCUUGCUAGUGAAAUCCUUUGGGGUCAUCGCUUUGAACCGGUUGUGUUUGAGGAGAAGAACCACUACAAAGUGGAUUAUUCACGCUUUCACAAGACCUACGAGGUAGCUGGCACACCUUGCUGCUCAGCCCGGGAGCUGCAAGAAAGCAAGAUGACUAUCCUACCUUCUCCCCCACCUCCCAGUGCCUUCUGCUAUGAGAAUGAGCUGGCUCUUGUCAGUCAAGACGAAGAUGAAGAUGAUGACGAAGUGGGUGUGGUGUUAGGAGGCAGCACUAAGGAGGAGGGAGGCGUCAUCCAGAUGAUGGAUUUUGGAAGCCACCUGGACCUGGAGCGGCUCCAGGCAACUCUGCCCCUAGAUACAAUCUCGUACCGCAGGGAAUCAGCCAUCUAACUCCUCCAGUCUCCCCAUUCUACACCUGUUGCCCACAGUCUCCUCUGUUCUGCACCCGUACAUAGCUGGAUAAGUCCCUUGCCCACCAAAAAAUGCCUCCCACGACUGUGUCUCAGCCCCUGAGUACAUCAAGGCCUGGAGCUGCUCUGAUAUACUCCCUUUCCCAUGAAGUCAUACUACCUGGAAGAGGAGUGAGGAUACACGACUCUUCCCGUGUGUGCAGUUUGUGCUAGGACCCCUUUCCUGCCCAGAGACAGGAGAGCAGCAGGCCUGGUUUCUCAUCUCUGGAGAGGCGACAGGAGUCCCUGCUCUCAAUGGACAGACCAGGACCUACAACAAGUGUUUCUGCUGCUGAGGGAGCAGCAGACUGUCUCAACAGAUACCCUCUCAACAUGGGUAGGCACCAUGGCUGUCAGGAGUCGACUGCCACUAGGAAGGAGAGAAGCGAUAUCUAAGCACUGACCAGAUAAGGAUGGAUGGGAGAAUUUUGGACUCUUGGAGGAAAUGGGGAAAGGAUCUCAAGGGAGGGGUUUACUUGCAUGUUUAUUGCUUGUUGAACAUGACUGUGUAUAAAACAGAAUGAGAACUAAAAUCCAUAUUCCACUGCAAAUGCCAAGCUAGGAGACAAGGACGCUCUUUGUAGCCUACUCUGCACUCUCCUUGGCUUUUGGCAUCUGUCACCUCCAGAAGCAGCUCAGCUCCACAGACUCAGACCCAGUUCUCCCACUCCUCUUGCAAAACACAUCCUGCUCCUCUGCGGAGACGCUUGUCAGAGGAGGCAGGGCCCUGUGUUUGCACACUCAGACUGCUCCCUGGCACAGUGCAGCUGGGAUGACAGACAAGUGACCUGACUGGACAGCAGACCCUCAACUUCCUCCUUUCACCUCCUCCGUUCUCCCUGCUGCCAUCGGCUGUAAAACUGAAUUUGUAACUAUUUAUUUUUAAUAAAGUCUAAUAUCCCAGGGGAGGUUUGGAAGUAAAGGAGAGACCCUAAGGCUGAAGCCAGG